CGGGACCGGGACCUCCGCGGGGACUAGCGCUUGCCUCGACGGCGGGGGCGCCGCGGCGGCAGCGGCACCGCGGGGAGCAGCGCCGGGGAGCAGCCGGGCCGGGGCCGGCCGGGCCGUUCUGCCCUGCCCGGGGCCUUUCAUAGCCUUUAUGGUAGGAAAGGAAACAGGGGAGACUUGGAGAUUCUGACGACUGCAGAAAUAGCCGGCAAAGAAUGGAGCCAUCCCUACUUCUCUGAAUGCGUUGGCUUGUAAUAAGUAACUUGUUCUGGUGCAAAUGGAGAAGCUGACACUUCAGGCAAGCUUUUGGGAAAAAAAACCCUGCUCUGAGACAUUUGCAACUGCAUACACUUCUCACUAGGAUGACUGAAAGUAUAAAGGAGGUAUUCUGCUGCACUGUAUGAAGAUAAGGAUAAGCAUCUUGAAAACAUGAAGAUGAAGUGGGAAGCAGGCUAGGUGAUGCACUUUAGAAACAGAAAAAGACAGGAGUCAGGGAGAAUGAAAGAAGAUGUCAAAAAGACCCUGAAAUUGCAGGACUCUGAAGUCAGGCUUGAAGUGGUGGCAUCCACGGGUACAGGUUCUCAAUGCAGAGUUAAAAGUUCCUAAUGUUGACCACCUGGAAUGUAAGUUUUGGCAGGAUGAAAGACCGUCUAAAUGAGCUACGUGAAUUUGCCAGGUUACACAACCAACAGUUUUCUGAUAGUGAGGAUGGUGAAAAUUCACCCCACGAUGUUCUCCUUUAUGAGACUGAUUAUGCCUUGGAAAUUCUUCACAAAGACAUAGAGAACAUCCGGACAGAAAAUGACCUCCUAAAAGAGGAUGUCAAGCGGCUCAGAAAGCAAAACAGCCGCUUCCUUACUUCCAUGCGCCGUCUUAGUAGCAUCAAACGAGAUACUAAUUGUAUUGCCAGAGACAUCAAGGCCCGUGGAGAAAGCAUCCACAGGAAACUCCAGAUAAUGAGAGAUUUCAGUGAAGAUGCAAUAACAAAAUACGGGGCUAUGUCUGCCAUCGCCAGGGUAGCGAAGAACCACUACGUUGACCUCAUGCACGCAUUUCAGGAAGCUAUGUUUGAAUACAAUGCCGCAGAGAUGGACCAACGGGAGAACUGCAAGAUUCGCAUUCAGAGGCAGCUAGAGAUCAUGGGCAAAGAUGUUUCUGGCAACCAGAUUGAGGAGAUGAUUGAGCAAGGCAAGUGGGAUGUAUUCUCUGAGAAUCUCUUGUCAGAUGUUAAGGGGGCUCGCUCAGCCUUGAAUGAGAUAGAAACACGUCAUAAGGAGCUAGUGAAGUUAGAAGGUCGCAUUAAGGAAGUUCAUGAGCUUUUUCUGCAGGUGGCCCUGCUAGUGGAGGAACAGGCGGACACCUUUGAUGUCAUUGAAAUAAAUAUGCAAAAUGUCGAAGACUAUGUAGGAGAAGCUAAAGAGCAAGUGAAGAAAGCUUUGGAAUACAGAAGGAAACACCCCCUCAGAACAAUCCUCUGUUGCUGCUUAUCCUGUUGCAGAAGGUGACUAUCCCACUGAAGCUGUCACAGACAGACUCGAAUGUCUUCAGAAUCAGGCGUUCUUUCCAGUGACUUCUCUGUAACGACAACCCCUAUAAAUGGGGGGGGCUGUUCUGCAGUUGGUUUUGUUCAUUGCCUUUUUCCUAAAUGUGUUGAAGGCUGUUCUAUUUGAGUGAUCCUAGAAAUGCUGAUAAAACUAUUUUUCAUCUAUUUUUAAUUGAAAUGUAUCUGUUGUUGUAACUAGAGGUGUAAUAAGAUCUCUGUAGUGAUACUUGUUUCAGGUAGGCAAAAAAGAGGAAUGAAUGAUGGGCUCUCAUAACAGCCUAGGGAAGAUGAGAAAUUUCAAGAAGUAACUUUAUUCUUAUUUGUCAAAGUGAGGCUGCAGCCCUGCCACCUGGGGUGGCACAAUACACCACAGAAUCAGGAGGUUUCAAUUUUAACUAGUUUGGAGCCGGCUUAAUGUAAAUACUUGAACAGAUUUUUGCUCUGUUCAUUUGACAAAAUACUGAGCCUGUUAGCAGGAGCAGGACACAGAACUAGUUUCUAUUUCAACUUGAUUUCCACCUGUCAUGAGUCUUUACAGACAUAUCUGCACCUUAAAUGAUAAAAUGCACGUUUUGCUCCAUUUGUGUGCAAGGAAUUGCUUUUCUCCAUUUUGAGUACCUGCAACUUUGUCAAGGUGACUAGAAGCACUGCAACGCUGAGGCAUCUCACUGACUUUUAACUUGGGCCACUGUCUGUACUCUCAAUUUCAAAACUGCCAUGAUUUCAUGCUUCUAAUACAUUUUCCUGUCAAUUAACACUUUAGCCAGAAGAGAUGCAUGCAGUGGCCUUCUGCAGAAGCACCCAUAAGAAGACAACAGUUGGGGGGUCAAGAAAGCAUUUUAGUCUCCUGUGCUGGCACAUACACACAAGCAGUUUUAGUGGCAGGAUUAAUUAUCUUGUCAGUAGACUUUUUAUGUUUUUGUAAGCAUUGAUUGAACAUGGAUUUUUUAAUAUCUAUGUUAAAUAACAUGAAGGUUUGAAUAUAUUAAUAUGCCAUUUUACUGGUGUACAAACCCUACAACUUUUCUCCCAUUAUUAUGAAAUCCCCACCUGGGAAAGAAAACAGACCUAUUUCUUUAGUACACCUGAAGAAGAAAGAAAACAAUAUGUGAAUGUCAUUUCAGUGUUCUUUUCAAGCUGAAAAGUAAUCUCUCCUUAUGUGUAAGGGGAAUCUGCCCACAGUAGGUUUGGAAUAUGAGGAGGGAACAGAAAAUUUGCAGCCCUGGAAACCACCGAGUGUUGUUGGUGAAACACGAAUUCAUAAGGUCUGGUGAGUGAUUCUGGAGGUUUUCCAGCUAUAGUAUUUCUAGGUGGCUUCCUGAUACACUGUGACCUAUUGAUAUUCUUUGAAUUAAUGCAGGACAUUUUUUCAGAAGUUAGUGACUUUUUUUAAUGUCUGGUCCUAUUUGUACCUAUUUAAAUAAAUAUAUUUAAACAUUUCAAGUAUUUCGUAUGUGGGAGUUUUCCUCAGGAGAUGCACAUGGACAUCUUCCUGCACCGAUCACAAUGAAAUUUUUCCCUUCUGAUCUUUUGCACACUAAUUUUAUACGUGAAAAAGCACCCCAACAUUUCUUACUAUUUAUAUUGAUAUAACAAAACAGCAAAAUACACUCAACUUCCAAGCUUUCAUACCCUAGUGGGAAAUGCUUCUUAGCCAGACAGACAGGAUUUUUACACAAUAGAACCUAAAUGGAUAACUUUUCUCAGAAAGUGAAAGUCUCUUUUGCUGAAGCACCUGUCUGUGAUAACACGGAAGAGUGAGGAACAAUAAUCUUCUAAACUAGAAGAUAUUUUGAUAUUCUGUGAUGAUACCAGUAUUACGCUUGCCUGAGGACGUCUCCAACAACCCAACAACUUCAAACCUGAAGUGGGAGAAAGGAGGGUGUUGAGCUGGCACCAUUACUAGAGCUUCGGUGCUACUCAAGAAGACAGAUCUGUAGGUACUGCCAUUCAAGUCAACAGAACUGUGCAUUUGUAGAGAAAUACCCUCAACCUCCGAGGGUCAGCAUGUGGGCGUUAAUUAGUGAAGAAUUAGAUAUGUAUUUAAUUUUGUCUGCAUAUUCUUAGCACUCACCAAUGCUUUUAGUUAAAAUGCGUACAUUUUUUUUGUUGGUUUCUUUUUUGCACAUAUGUAUGUCUACAAAUGGAAUAAAAGAUUUAAUAAGAAAA